CGGCUAUAAUGGGCCCCAGGGAGCAGAGAGUGGUGGCGGGGUCGACGAUCACUUUGAGGUGCGUCAUAUUGUCCCCGUAUCAGACGCGGCCCAUCAGGGGCGUGCAGUGGCUACGGGAUAACAAACUCCUAACAUUCCAGGCGGCACGAGGCGGUAUAAACGUGGAGACGGAGAGAGGCGCGGCGCGGACGGUGUCCGAGUUGACGUUGGCGGUGGUCACGCCGAACGACAUCGGGAAAUAUGCGUGCAGACCGACGGAGGGACGCGCCGACACCGUAAUGCUGUUCGUCGAACCAGGCGAACGUACGGAAGCCAUGCAACGUGACGCCGGAUACGUCUCCUCCGGAUGUGACGUCAGCCACUGGCCCGGGCUUCUACUUCCGUUCUCGUGGUUUCUAAUACUCGCGCGAAACAUCCAAACUUCCCUGCAGUAGCGCCACCGCCACGAUCAGUAUUUCACGCGAGCCACCGUUCUCAUUGGAUUGAAAGGACUGCCCGGCCAGAGAAUCGACCAAUGGUGGACUAGGUUGUAAGCUAGACGACUAAGAACCAGCGGCGAGGAAGCGAGAACACGCUGCGAGACAUCGUACUCGAAAAACUUGGGAAAUUUUUAAGGAAACUUCUGUUCAACCUGCUCCCUCCGAAGUUUAAUGAUCUUCAGUUUCUGAACGAAACGUUUCGAGGGUUGUUUGGAAAGGAAAUUUCAUAGAGUUAAUAUUUGAGAAGGAUUUGCAACUAUUUGGAAUCGAGAAUAAUUUAAAACAGUAUUCAAUUCAGUUGAAAUCAGGAUAAUUUCAUGAAAUUCUGGGCACUGCGAGGACGUUUUCAGGGUUUCACGUGCUUCACUUAUAUAAACAUUCGCGCUAAGUAAUUCCCCGUAAUUACUUCACUGCGAAUGUACAAGUAACGUGGAUUUUCGCGGAUUUCAAGAGCUGUUUACUUCCCUUUCGCGGCAUAAGGGAAGCGAAGAUUCCGACCGCGAAAUAAUUCUUGCGGAGCCUCUUACUCCGCUGCCUCAUUUCAAACAAGAGGUUUUUGUUCGAGUAAACUGAAAUUCUGCUUUUGAUUCAAAAAGCGGAUUGCCGGUUUCGCUGUCCGCAGGAGUACCGCAGAAAACAUUCUGGGCUUUACAUAUUUCCUGAAGUAUCAAAGGGUAAUAGAAGCUCGUGGCCGGCGGACUGAAUUGUUUACUCGGUUCCAUUGAAACCGGACCUCGAAAAUUUAUUACCAUAAUGGUCCUUUUCUUUACUAUACCGGAGAUUAAUGUUUAAUCAUUAAAACAAACAUAAAAUGAACAUCGACCGAGUCAUCCACUCGAAUAUAAAUAUCAAUUCUAAAAUUAACUCUUUACGGACGAAUGCCAUUUCAGCAAGAUGAAAUUUUUGUAUUUGGAAGACGCAGAAAAAUGACUCAGUUACUCGAACAGCGAUCAUCGCGUAAUUUCCUUUCUUUAUAUUAAUCAAACAUUUGAUAAUUCAGCUUUAUCCCUGAAAGUUUUGUAUAUUUCAAAGAAUCGUCCGCAAAGGGUUAACACGACUCAUCAACCAGAGAAAUAAACGUUGAAAGCUUCUAGGUAAAAGACCACGAUCCAUCUUCCGAAGUAAAAGUCUUCUUAUAUCUCCCAUCCGGAUUCGUUUGAGGAAACUUUAUUAACCGAACUUGCCGGGCGGCAUUAAAAAUGAACGACAAUAUCGCGAUGGACUUAAGAAGCCGAUCGAAAUUGAAUUCCCCGGCGAAAUGGCGGAGACGAUGGAACACACCGGCGCGACGAAUGUAUUUAUUACGUAAAUAAUUCAGUAAGCGAAGCCGCAGCGCAGCGCUUGAUCUCAACGCGCCGGUGCGCCUUUUUCAAUUCGCCGUUGCAAUUCAGGACGGUUCUUUGAACGUCCCUCUUCAACUGAAUAGGGUUAAAGUGGCCGUGCCGGCGUCAAAGGAUGUGAAGGUAAUUCGAUAUCCUGUGUCUUAGCCACGCCGAUGCCUCUUCCGCGCCAAGGAGCCGGGACGUUAAUGAAAUCUUUAAUUCAUAACUUUAUUCGCCGGCGCCCGUGGAAACGGGCCCGAACGCCGCCUUCGCCGGGACGUCGCGGCCGUUGUAAAUAAUUGAGGACGGAACUCGCAGCUGUCAUCGCACUCGCGAACGUAGAAUUAACCGGAACGCACAAUCAUUGUUGCUCGGACUGUGAAUAUUCAUGUCGACGAAGGAUUUCAUUUUGUAUUAAAAUGAUAAAUUGAAUAGAAACUUUGUUCCUUCGUUCGGAACUUUCGUUUCAUUUGAAUUUUUCGAUAGUGUAUAGUUUGGAGAUUAAUUUAGCAAUGAGAACUUUUGAAUUUUUGGUUGAUACGAAAUUGCUGUUGGUAUUGAGAGUUAGUGAAAUACAUUUGAUUUGGAUGCAUGAGUUUUCACGAUCCGUCAACGUUAGGAUAGUAUUUAUUGUUACACUAGUUUAAGAUAUCUUAAUGCACUUCGAACGGAACGAAUUUAUCUUGGAAAUUAUCAUUGCACGCCGACAGUUAAUCGA